GGCAUUGAAAAUAAUAUCAUUAACAAGUACAUUUGCAAAAACUGCACACUUUGCGCUGUCUUUCAAUUUUGCUUCCACUGGGCCUCGGGCCUUCUUGCAAAUUCCCUUACCGCGCCCGGCACUACAUAAAAGCUUUUGUGACAAGUCUUCAUUCAGGAGGGCACACUAGACAGGUCUCGGCCGCCCGCAAAUCCCGCCCAGGGCGGCUGUGCAGCAGCGCCCGUGCGCAGUAGGGCAGGAUGGACAACCUCACUCGGUUAUGGCGAGUGCGGCGGACGUGCCUGCAAAUGCUGAACGACCGCGGGUACCUGGUCAGCCAAGAGGAGAUUGGCACGACGAAGGACCAGUUCCGUGACCGCUUCGGCGAGAACCCGCGGAAAGACGACCUCACAAUCCUGGUGCCGCGGCAAGACGACCCCACGGAGCAGAUAUUCGUGUUCUUCCCGGAGGAGCAGAAGGUGGGCGUCAAGACCAUCAAGCUGCUGGCGGAGCGCAUGAAGGACGAGAAGGUGAACCGCGCCAUCAUGGUGACGCCCUCCAAGUUCACGCCCUUUGCCAAAAGCGCGCUUGAGGACAUGCGGCCCAAGUACCACAUCGAGCACUUCCUGGAGUCCGAGCUGCUGGUCAACAUCACAGAGCACGUGCUGGUGCCCGAGCACCGCAUCCUCAGCCCCGAUGAGAAGCGCACGCUGCUGGACCGCUACAAGAUCAAGGAGACGCAGCUGCCGCGCAUCCAGGCCUCGGACGCGGUGGCCCGCUACCUGGGUCUGCAGCGCGGCCAGGUGGUCCGUAUCGUGCGGCCCUCCGAGACAGCAGGCCGCUACGUCACCUACCGCUUCUGCGUAUAAGCGCGGCGGCAGGGGUGGGGUGGGCGAGAGGAGAGGGGCGGGCUGGCUGGCCGACGAACAGGGAGAGGGGCGGGCUGGCUGGCCGACGGACAGGGAGAGGGGCGGGCUGGCUGGCCGACGGACAGGGAGGGGCGCGGAAGGGGUGUCGUCCCGUGCCGGGGGCGGGCGGCUGCAGGGCUGGUAUGUUAGGAGCAGGUGGAGUGAGACAGAGGGUGGGGUUGAGGGGCGACCAUGUGUGGGUACUUCUUGGGUCUUGGUGUGGGGGAGGGGGAGGGGGUGUGGCGGGCAAGGCGGUUAAAUGCAUGACCAUGCGGCGGUGUCAGGCGCAAUGUGCUCGAUGACGAGACCACAUCAAAAGGGAAACGCGUAUCCGAGUGCUUGAUGUGUGCGGAGGCGCGGCAGGGCGGACUGGAUGGUGCGGAGGUGCGGCGCUGCGCAAUCGUUGGCGUAUGACGGAUCUUGUGGGGUGGGGCCAGCAGAGCGCAGCGAUGCUGAGGCUGAGCCGCUGCGGCGGCCUGACACAGGGCUGGUCCCGCCACGGUCCUACGUGGCAGCCGCCUCUGUGGCGCUGAGGCUCUGUGGCAGCGGUAUGGAACGGAAGGCAAGUGCGGAUUACAGUGCAGUGCAACCCGGCGCCAGGUCCAGGCAGUGUGGAGGUGUGUCCCUAGCGCCGCGUUGAGGGGGCAACGGCAAUGGCCCGGCAGCGCUUGGGGGAGGGCAAGUAAGCAAGUUCUGCGAGGAAGGAUGCAUCCGUCAUUCCGUCCGCUCAUGUCUGCGCAGGGCGGUGCUUUUGCAGGCUGAGGCGCUAUGCUGUCCGCCUGGUUCAGAAGGGUCCAGAUGGGCCCCACGCCCCCACGUACAAUCUGUUGUGAACUGUAUUGCAAAAG